GGAGCGUCUAAACGAGGAGCGAUUAGAAGCUAGACGCUUCGGCCUAUGGUUUCAAGAGCUGAUGGAGUGUGAUUCAGAUAUACAAACGGGCGGGGGAAGAACGCGCAAUACACAGGGGAACGAGGCUUUCGGGGAUGUGCAACCCCCGGGAGGGCGGAUCAUCAUCACGCACGAUACAGCCCGUUAUUUCAAACGUUUUCAACUACGUGGUCGGGAGAUAACAUUGCGUAUCCGCCAGCCUCACGCUGGCGCAAACGUGACAACAUGGCUUGAAGGAGCAUUCCGCGAUCUUCUGACGCAUCUCACGAGUCACUGUGAGGGUGGUGACUACGCGGGGAUCUCGUUCUCCGCGAGCUGCUUAGCGCACGGCCCCGUCUGGCUUUCAUUCCGCCCUGUCCGCGCCUAUACAUUUGUAGAUAUCUGGCAAUUAAUAACAAACAUAGCUCAAAGUGCAGCGUCUCUGGAUAUUAAUGAUUCUUUCCAUAUAAAAGUAUGUAUCGUUAAAGGUUUGGAGGGUAGGGGGCGAAAAGGUUUGACACACGAGGGCGUUGCUAAAAAAUCAAUUUUAACGAUUCGAAAUACCGACAAUCUGUGUCUACCGCGCUCGUUAGUAACAGCACGCGCGUACGCGGAAAGGGGUGAGAUACGCUCGGGGGCUCUGCAUUCUAGAUGGCAGCGUAUACGACAGAUUAACGGGUCGCUUCAAAAAGAGGCGGCGCUUGACGAGAAGCGCAAAUGUUGUUAUACAGCCCGCUGGCUGCGGUAUGCGCGAAAUUGCUAUAUACCAGAAUUAUUUGGCUCGCGAGGGGUUAGCUAUCGUGGUUUUCGAGUUUUUGACUUUGGGGCGACGCGAAAGACCGGUGUUUGACGGUACACAGACGGUUAUGGAUACAGUAGGCUCAGUCCGGCACACGUUAUACAUUCUGUAUUAUGAGCGGUUGCAUCAUUUCCAGCCUAUCUUGAAUCUGCGUGGUACUGUAGGCAGCUUAAACUUCUGCGCAAUCUGUAACGUCCGUUCUCGUCGGGAUCAUAGAUGUUUAAAAAAGAAAUGCCCUCGCUGCCUUCAAGCACCGCCCUGCGCUCUGGGAGCAGCUGCCGCGAUCAGAUGCGAGACAUGUAACCGCGAUUUUUUUGGGGAGCAAUGUUUAGAAAAUCACAGGGCUGUUACCAUCCGUCGUAAACACAGGGUAAACACUGUUUGCGAGUCUCUUCAGCGGUGCCGUAACUGCUUUCGCGCGAUAAGACCUUUAGAGAAAAAGACGCAUGUGUGCGGGGAGGGUUUCUGUAAAACGUGUAAAUCGCGGCACCCCUAUAAUCGCCUGUGCUAUAUGAGGCCUAUUCGCGUCGAUGAGAGGCCAAUAGAGAACAUAUUCAUAUUCUAUGAUUUUGAAACGCAGCAGUGUAUCCCUGUAAAAGGUGAUCCUACAACGCGCGUUCACGAACCGAAUCUUUGCGUAGCUCAACGUGUCUGCACCAAGUGCUGCGAUAAUGCUUCUAUAGACGAGCCGUGCGAGCAUUGCGGGGAUCACGAGUUUAUAUUUAGGACGAACCCUGUGUGUCAACUUGUGGAGUUAGCCAUACAGAGUAUGCCGAACUUCUCUCACGUAUUUUUAAUAGCCCAUAACGCCGGUGGUUUCGACGCCCAGUUUAUCCUGCGCUACCUCAUCGAGGAGAAAAAAACGCAGCUCCCUUCUUUAAUAAUGAACGGCACUAAAAUCAUCACAAUGCGCAUUGGCAAACUCGUGUUUCUCGACAGCUUGAACUACUUUCACAUGCCUCUGAGUGCACUGCCUAAAUCUUUCGGUCUAAAAACUGCUCUCGCCAAAGGAUCUUUUCCGCAUCUGUUCAAUAGGCCCGAGAAUCAAAAUUAUAUUGGGCCGAUGCCGCCUGUGGCCGAUUACUCUCCCGACACUAUGCGCCCGGAGGAACGCGAGCGUUUUUUUGCAUGGUAUAACGAGUUAAAGAAUGCCUCUUAUGUAUUUAACUUUUCAAACGAGCUCAUAACCUAUUGUAAAAACGACGUUACGAUAUUGAGACAGGCCUGUGUGGUUUUCCGGAAAAUGUUCAAGGACAGCGGACGCGUUUGCCCGUUUAGCGAAAACACAACAAUCGCGUCCGCCUGCUUUCAAAUCUUUCGAAAAAAUUUUUUAAAACCUAACACGAUCGGUAUUAUACCUACGGGCGGUUACAGAUGGGCUCACAAUCAGUCAAAAAAAGCGGUCUCUUGGCUCGUGUGGAUGGAGCAUUCUUUAAAUCGUCGUAUCAUUCACGCAGGACGCUCGCGCGAGUUUAAAUUGCCUCAAAAUUUAUUAGUAGACGGUUACUACGAAACACCUGAUUCAGCCCACGUGUUACAGUUUCACGGUUGCUAUUGGCACGGGUGUUUGAGCUGUUUCACUGUAAACAGAGACCGUGUACAAAGCGACGGUGAUACACUGAACGAGCGUCUCGAGAGAACAAACGCUAUAUCGCAGAGAAUCCGCUCAAGCGGCUACACGUUAACCGAGAUUUGGGAGUGCGCGUAUGACCGGAUGAUAAAAACAGAUUUAGAGAUGAGCGCUUUUGUGAGUGAUCACCCUCUGGUUCGAGCGGAGCCUCUCAAUCCGCGCGAUGCUUUUUUCGGUGGUCGAACGGAAAACAUGGUCACUUUGUACGACGUGAAAGACGGGGAGCAGAUACGAUAUGUUGACGUUUGCUCUUUGUACCCAUACAUCUGCAAGUACGGCAAAUAUCCGGUGGGUCAUCCAACGGUAUACGUCGGCGACGAGUGCAGGACGCUGACAGGUCCCGAAAAUAAUAUCAGUCUUUCCCGCGUCGAGGGCCUUGUUAAAUGCACAGUGCUUCCACCGCAAAAUCUUUAUCAUCCGGUGCUGCCGGUGCGAAUGCAUCAGCGCCUGUUAUUCGGGUUAUGUCGUAGCUGCUGCGAAACAAUGAACCAGGACGCGUGUCCUCAUGAAGACCCCGCGGAGCGUGUGUUUAGCGGUACUUGGGUAGUGGAUGAAUUGCGAAAAGCUAUUGCGUGCGGGUAUAAAAUAUUAACCGUGAGCGAGAUUUGGCAGUAUAAGAUAACGCAGUACAACCGCGAUACACAGAAGGGGGGCCUUUUCACCGGGUACAUAAACACUUUUCUUAAAAUCAAACAAGAGGCUAGCGGUUGGCCCGAGGGUUAUGCAGAUGACGAGGCUGCCCAAGAGCGUUAUAUAACUGCUUUUAAGACAGCCGAAGGGGUUCAGCUGGAGCGGGGUGCGGUAGCGAAAAACCCGGGGCUGCGCUCGGUAGCCAAACUUUGUCUUAACUCCUUUUGGGGUAAAUUUGGACAACGCGAAAAUUUACCGCAAACAGAAAUAGUAUCGACACGCGAAAAACUUAUGGAGCUGCUAAAUAGCCCCGAGCACGAGAUCACUGGUAUGCUACCUGUUAACAACCAGGUGCUGUAUGUUAAUUAUACGAAAACCAGUGAUGCUGUAAUACCGUCUAAUAUAGCAAAUACUGUCAUAGCUGCAUACACCACAGCCCAAGCCCGUUUAAAACUUUACACCUAUCUCGAACCGCUGGGUAAGCGUGCUCUGUACUGCGACACCGAUUCCGUUAUUUAUGUCACGAGAAAAGAGCCUGGAGAGUAUGAACCGCCAACGGGUCAAUUGCUAGGGGAUUUAACCGACGAGCUAAGCUCUUACGGCGAGGGCAGUUACAUUAAGUCUUUCAUCUCAGGCGGCCCUAAAUUUUAUUCUUUCAUAGUUAAUACGCCGAGCGGCGCGGAAAGCGAGGUUUGCAAGGUUAAAGGCAUAACGCUGAAUUACGCAAACAGCUCGCUGAUAAAUUACGAAUCAAUACGGUCAUUUAUAAUAGGUGAGAGAGAAAAUCCUGUUGUACUACAGUUUGAUUCAAUACGUCGUACGCCGUUCCACCAGGUUGUCACACGACCCGAAAAGAAAUCGUGCAUGCCUCUGAGCGUCAAGCGAAGACGUGAUGGCGAAUACGGCUCGCUCCCUUACGGCUACAAGUAACCGUUUAUAAAAACUCUCGCUUUAAACAUUGUUAAGCAGCGUUGUAAAAUAUCUAUGUUAUUACUGUAAAAUAUUUAUACUGUUACCGGAAAAUAAA